CGUGGCCUUACACUUGCAGCCAACGACGACCUUCUAAUCAUUUGAACUCUGGAGUCGCCACUCGACUGCCGUAAGUAAUUUCGGCCGAGUGACGUCGGCGACCAACCGACUACAUUUCUUGGUACGUUUGUAGGCGUCAAAUAUGUAUAAAGAUGCCCACAUUUACUCAUGCUCUUUGACACUCUUUCGGGACUCCGUUCACAAGAAACCCGCGAUUGUGUCAAUAGUAUAUUGGAGAGUUGAGGUGCAACAUAACGCAUAGGCUCCGAAUCGUGAACCGCACCAAUGGAAUGCCCCAACUCCGGUAUUUUGGACCAAGAUAGUGCACUUGCUAUCGCCUGCAUGUCGAGGAGCGAGACGCAUGCGUGGGCAGUUGCCCAGCUCGACGAUGCCUUUCGUGAAGUCGAGGAGGCACGUCGCGUCCUCGAGCGUUCCCAGCGACGACGGAGAGAUCUCUACGUCAUCCUCAACUCCUCAGCUCCUGUCAAUCGCCUCCCCGACGAACUGCUCAUUGAUAUCAUCCUCCACAUGAAACAUCACGCGCACGCGCACAGGUUACGCUUCGGCCGUACUUGGAUCAGGAUGACGCACGUUUGCCAUCGUUGGCGUGCAACUGCUCUGAAUGCUACAACCCUCUGGCAUCCGAUCUACUUUAAUGGACAGCACAUCAAAGGGAAGCUCGAUACGGCCCAAUUGUGCCUACAGCGUUCCAGCCCCGCAUCGGUGGAGGUCUGCAUUGCAUCGAGGUGUUUCAAUGAAGCCAUGGAAUCUUUGGCCGCACAAGAGCACCGCGUAGCUGGUGUGCGCGUCUUCGACGUGUCGGUCAGGCAUGACCUGCCGGCUAUCGCGCGUGGCCUAGUCACGAUGACCAACCUCGAGAGUCUCGCAUUGUCAACCCUAUUCCAACGUCCGACGGGGGACGGAACACUGCAUAUACCCGCCAUGCAUGCUGCUCGACUUCGGAAGCUCAAUCUUCAAAGCGUCUCUCUAGAGCUAGCUGCUCCCCUCGCCAAUCUCACGCACCUCGAGCUAUCGAGCUACAACCCAGAUUACGCAGCCUGGAUCUGCUUGAUCAAAGGCUGUCCGAAGCUCGACCUCCUGUGGCUGAAACAUCCAGACGAGGAAUCGUGCCGAAUAAUGAACGGGGGACCCCGCUCUGCCGCCGACCUCCUAGCUGAAGGCAUCUCCAACUGGGAGGAAGCCCCUGCCCCCAGAGUCAUGCAAGACUUGCGCACACUCAAGCUCGAGUUGCACUUCGACCUCGUCAUCUUCAUUCUGCAAAGACGUCUCCUGCGUAUCGCGCUGUGUUCUCAACGAUCAAAGGACACAGGGCCUUUGAUCAUGCGCGAGGUACUUGAUACGUUCUCGUCCUCGCCGUUGACAUUCCUAUGCAUCGAUGCCUGGAUGCUCUUGGACGAUCUACUAUGCCUACGAGUCCUUCGACAAUUUCCUGGGCUAGAAGAGCUCCGACUAUCCGGUUCAGAGACCAUCGCCAAUAUGCUCGACGCCCUCUGCCAGCCAGCCGAUCCAAUGACAAACAGCAAGCCCCUAGUGUGCAAGGAACUCAAGGUUCUCAACCUCUACGCGACGUAUAGUGUCCUCGAGGCUUUAACUGCGGUUCUGGAUGCUAUCCUCAGUCGGAAUGUGCAGAAAGCUUUACGGUUGAAGGAGUUGCGCCUUAUGGGCACGAACAUCCACCACCUCAGAUCUGCUGCUCACCUUGUGGAAAGGGUCAAGGGCCUCGUGGACGUGUUCGACGUAGCGGAUGCCGACUCUUGGGAGCGUUUCUGGUGA